UCACUGGCUCUCAAACGCUGUCUUGCUCCCCCAAGUGGAUGAAAGAGGUAGUGCAACAACACUAAACGUGUCGUACGGGUUUAUUUGAAGCGUUUCUUUCGUUCAGAUUCCAUCCUUCUCGUACAUUCUCUAGUUCUCCGCCCCCAGCCGAGAACGAGUCCGGAUCUGCUGUUUAUCUGUGUGGAGUUCACUUUAAAGCGAGAAACAUUCGCAUAUAGAUCAACGGAAAGAGGCGAACGCUAUGUUUCUGAUCUGUUUACUAAGUAAAACGCUGCAUGGGGUUAGAUUUGAAUGCUGUUCAAGCGAUCCUGCCCAAGUUUCCUCCACCAUGUUAUAUGUGAUUUAUAGCCAUAUAGACGUGUCACAGUUCCAGCCCGUCUCGGUUAUGUGGUCAGAACUCUUCAGAAUGAUGGAAAUCUGUCUUUGAACUGCGAACCCACGACCAUUUAACACUAAAAAUAAGUCUAUUUUAGAUACUCUUAAAUCGAGUUGUUUCUCAGAAUUCUGUCGAGCUGGUGAAGAGUCUUGUGAUUUCGUUUCGUUUAUGACGGAAUGAAGGCUCGUUCGUUGGGAAUUUAAAUACGCAGCGUCGUUCUGUGGCAGCACGGCUGUUGCGCGUCUACUGCAGUUUUUACGGUCAGCCUCGGCUCCGGCUGAGCGAGCACGUGAUACGAGCAGCGGGAGCUCGAGUCCCGCGAGCCUCUCCAUCUCCGGAGGAAGCGCCGGUCACCUUCAGAGCAGCAUCCCCGGCAAGAGGCGCCGAAGCCCCGCCGCCGCGGCUUCCUCUCCUCCGCCGGGCCACAUGGAGUCUAAAACGCUGUCGAAACCGCGUGAACUCACGCAAAACCCGCUUAAGAAAAUAUGGAUGCCGUGCAAGAACGGCCUCCCCGAGAAACACAUUUCUCAAAGAAAGGUAUGUAUGACCAACUGUCCGACCCUGAUCGUGACCGUGGGGCUUCCCGCCCGGGGGAAGACCUACAUCUCCAAGAAGUUGACCCGCUAUCUCAACUGGAUCGGAGUUCCCACCCGAGAGUUCAAUGUUGGGCAAUACAGAAGAAAGUCUGUGAAGAUCUACAAGUCUUUUGAAUUUUUCCGUCCAGACAAUGAAGAAGGAUUGAAGAUCAGAAGGCAGUGCGCGUCAGCCGCUCUGAACGAUGUGCGGCAGUACCUUACAGAGGAAGGUGGCCACGUCGCGGUGUUUGAUGCCACCAACACCACCAGAGAGCGGAGGGAAACGAUCAUCCAGUUUGCUGAGCAGAAUGGAUUCAAGGUGUUCUUCGUUGAGUCUGUCUGUGAGGAUCCAGAUGUCAUCAAAGGAAACAUUGUGCAAGUGAAGCUGGAAAGCCCCGACUACACCAACUGCAACACUGAAGACGCCGUGGAGGACUUCAUGAAGAGGAUCCAGUGCUAUGAAAACUCCUAUGAAACCCUGGAUGAAGUUUUAGACCGGGAUCUCUCCUACAUCAAAAUCAUGGAUGUGGGUCAGCGCUACUUGGUCAACCGGGUGCUGGACCACGUCCAGAGUCGGAUCGUCUACUACCUCAUGAACAUCCACAUCACACCGCGCUGCAUCUACUUGUGUCGUCACGGCGAGAGCGAGCUCAACGUCAAGGGAUGCAUCGGGGGAGACUCUGGCCUCACUCCUCGAGGGAAAGAGUUUGCCAAGAAGCUGAGCCAGUUCAUCCAGCAGCAGGGCAUCAGCGACCUGAAGGUGUGGACCAGCCAGAUGAAGAGGACGAUCCAGACGGCCGAAGCUCUCAAUGUGCCGUACGAGCAGUGGAAGGUUCUGAAUGAGAUCGAUGCGGGUGUUUGUGAGGAGAUGAUGUAUGAGGAAAUCCAGGACCACUAUCCUCUGGAGUUUGCCCUGAGGGACCAGGACAAAUAUCGCUACCGCUACCCGAAAGGAGAGUCUUAUGAGGACCUGGUUCAGCGCUUGGAGCCGGUCAUCAUGGAGCUGGAGCGGCAGGAGAACGUGCUGGUCAUCUGCCACCAGGCCGUCAUGCGAUGCCUUCUGGCGUACUUCCUGGACAAGACGGCAGAGGAGCUGCCCUACCUGAAGUGCCCUCUGCACACGGUCCUGAAGCUGACCCCCGUGGCCUACGGCUGUAAGGUGGAGUCCAUCAGCCUGAACGUGGAGGCUGUGGACACGCACAGGGAGAAGCCAGAGAACGUCGCCGUCCACCGCACCACUGAAGACGCCCUGCAGACUGUCCCCGCCCACUUCUAAAGAAGACUCCUGUCAUUUCCUGUCCCAAAAUUUGCACGAUUUCUUCUUGUUUGUGUGACGGAUGUGCCUGGAUUUUUCCCACCCCUCCGCGUAGCUCUCAAGGUGAUCCACCGCCAGUGUUUUUCAGUGUUUCUGCGCAUGCACAGCUGGUCAUUUAUCAAUCCAGAUGUCGCAGAAACAGACUAGCGGUUUUGGUGUUUUGGAAUCAGCACUAACUUGAACAAAGUGUGUUUUAACGUUACUGAGAUUGUGACUAACUUUUAAACGUCCCGUGCUUUUGUCCAGAUGUUUGUCGUGUGCAAUGUCAGGGUUAAAAACCUCAAAGAAGAAACAGUCCAAUGAAGCUAUUUAUAGAAGGAAGGGACCUGAGGGAGGUGUAGUGUUUUUUUUUUCAGGGUGAAAUGCUCACUUGAGUUUUCCAUGUAGAGUUCACGCCUGCGCAACAGAUCAGUAAAAGGAAAUCAGUGAUUUUUUAUACAGAUUUAAGACGAAUAAUUAUAUUGACAUACGAAAAUCUGAUGCCGUUUGACAUUAGAAAUAAGUGUGUUGUGUGACUUGAUUUAAAUAUAAUAAAG